UGGGUUCCAGGCGCUUGCGCAAGGCCAGAAGGUAGUUCCGGCUCCAGCGUGGGCGUUCUCGUUGCUGGUGGUCAGUUGCCGCGGUUGGUGGGCAGUAACUGAGCCAAGAUGCUGCGGAAUCUUCUGGCUCUCCGUCAGAUUGCUAAGAGGACCAUAAGUACUGCUUCACGCAGGCAGUUUGAAAAUAAGGUUCCAGAGAAACAAAAGCUGUUUCAGGAGGAUAAUGGAAUUCCAGUGCAUCUGAAGGGUGGGAUAGCUGAUGCCCUCCUGUAUAGAGCCACCAUGAUUCUUACAGUUGGUGGAACGGCAUAUGCCAUGUAUGAACUGGCUGUGGCUUCAUUUCCCAAGAAGCAGGAUUGACUUCAGUUUAUCCUGCCAGCAAUGAGUUGGUUCAAUUCCAUUCAGCUCUCUGUGGACCAGUAAUCUGAUACAUAACUGAGUUCUUUGGGGAUCAAUAUUUAUUGACUUGUAUUAGCUGCCACCAAUAAAGCAGUCUUUACCAUGCCUUUUUUUAUUUUAUCACUUUAGGAUACAUUAUACCAGUAAUAUCAGCCUUAUAAACCUUGGUAAGGAGCAAAAAAUGUUUCUUUUGUCAUUAGGUCAUUAGGUUAUAUAAAGUACUGUUGUGGUAUUAUUUUAGUGACUUUAUUUUUAGCAGCUUCAGAUUACAACAGGGAAUGGUCUUCAGCUCUAAAAGAGCUUGACGCAUGGA